AUGUAUGUCCAAGACACGCAAGAGACGGAGCGGCGAUCCUCGAGCGAGGACCAGGUCUCUGACCUGCCCGAGCAGGAGCAAACGCUCGCCGGCGAUGGCAGCACAGACUCGACCCCUCCCAAGCGAGUGCCCUCUCUGCGGUCCGUCUCGGAUCCCCACGGCCGCAACACCACAACGACGGCCCGCGGCCUCCUCGACGACGCCAGAAAUCCCGCGCGCCUCGGGGCUCCCGCCGCCGGGCCCCUCGCUGGACGAAUGGGCGCGCUCGACGCCAAUGUCCUGGCCAAGGCCCGACGCCUGCAGCAGGACCGCAUGAAGCUGACCAGCUCCAACGCGAGCUCACCCGCCUCGUCCGGUCCUAUGUCCCCCAUGGGCCCCGGUCCCAACGGACUCGUGCCGCGUAUGCCCGCCGGUAUGGUCCGUCCAGGCCCCAUGCACGUCAACUCCGCCCCAGCUGUCACGCGGCCGUCCCUCAUGGAUCGUCGCGGCGCCGGUCUCAAACUCUCCGACAUGAACGCCGGCGGGGGCGCGCCCGCCAGCCCCGCGCCCAGCAUGCGGCGUGCCGGCGCCCCGAAGCUCUCUGACAUGGGCUCCAGCGGCUCCAGCGGCGCGAGCACGAGCGCCUCGACCCCCAGCUCAAAGCUUGAUGACUUUAAGAAGUAUAUCGACGCGGAAAAAGGAUGGAUCACGUUUGACGGCGCGGCGACUAUUACCAAAUCCGGCGUCAACUUUGCCAACGGGCAAACGUUCAAAAUCUCGCUGGACGAGGUGGAAACGGUCAGCGAGCUCGGCAAGGGCAACUACGGCACUGUCUACAAGGUGCGGCACACAAAGCGCAAGGCUCCCCGCUUCGGCCAGGGCCUGUCCGGCUUCAAGCGCUCCGGCGACGAUGCCGAGGGCACACCCGACGACGGUACCACGGGCAUGCUCAUGGCCAUGAAGGAGAUUCGGCUGGAGCUAGACGACGCCAAGUUUACCACGAUUCUCAAGGAGCUCGUGAUUCUGCACGAGUGCGUGUCGCCGUACAUUAUCGACUUUUACGGCGCCUUUUAUCAAGAAGGUGCUGUCUACAUGUGCAUUGAGUACAUGGACGGCGGGUCCAUUGACAAGCUGUACGACGGAGGCAUCCCGGAGAACAUCCUGCGAAAGAUUACGCACGCGACGGUGCACGGGCUCAAGUGCCUGAAAGACGACCACAACAUCAUCCACCGCGACGUCAAGCCCACCAACAUCCUCGCCAACACGCGCGGGCAGGUCAAGAUUUGCGACUUUGGCGUCAGCGGCAACCUCGUGGCCAGCAUCGCCAAGACCAACAUUGGUUGCCAGAGCUACAUGGCGCCGGAGCGGAUAUCGGGCGGCAGCAUGUCGCAGUCGGGCAACGCGGACGGCACGUACAGCGUACAGAGCGAUGUAUGGAGUCUGGGGCUGACGAUUAUUGAAUGUGCCCUGGGGCGAUAUCCCUACCCACCCGAAGUGUCGUCGACCAUUUUCGGCCAACUAAACGCCAUUGUCGAGGGCGAACCACCGACACUGCCCGCCGAGGGUUUCUCAGAAAUAGCGCACGACUUUGUCCGGGGCUGCACCAACAAAGUGCCGCUCAAGCGGCCGACGUACGCCGCCAUGCUCAAGCACCCCUGGCUCGCGUCCCUCGACAAGCCGGUGACCAUUACCGAAGAGGCCGAGGAGGGCGAGGAGGCGGAGCACGUCGCGGCGCAGGUCGGCCGCAUGGCGCUGCACUCGGGCACCGACGAUGAGGAUGUCGCCGAAUGGGUCAAAAGCGUGCUGGCGCGCAAAGCGGCAGGUGGCAAGGGCGCCGACCCCGCGGACGACACGGCGCCGCUGGCAAAGGGCCGACCGGCGCUGCACGCGGCGCCGCUCCACAGCGUCAGUACCAUGGACAAUCCCGCGGCGACCGAGUGA